AUUGACAUUUGUCAUUACUGUUGAUUUACCUGUGAGCUGUUUGUUAUUUAUAAGUAGAUGAGUUGGAUUGUUGAUAACAAGUAAAAAUUUUUAUAUUAAAAAGUAAUUUGUGAAAGUUAUUUAGAAUGCGAUACAAAUAUCGUUUAUUAUCGUUAUUUUUAAUACUAAUUUGUUGUGAGUUCUCUGACGAAAAUUUACAAGGACCUACAGAGGAUAAAAAAAAUAAAAAUGAAAACGAGUCUCCGAAGAAAAUGGAAUUCGUGGCUUCCAUCGAAGAACGUGAUGGUGCAACGGCUAUAAGAAUCGAACAGGCGCCCGAUUUAACCAACGAAAGGGAACAAAAAAAAGAACUUUCAGGCGACGAUAUUGAAAACCAAAUAUCCGAAGCAGUGGAUUUGUUUAUGUUGGAUCGAGCUAAAGCUAUACAAAAAAUCGUCCAACACAUAGGAAUGGUGAAUAACCUACAAGAAAGUGCGGUUUUUAACGAACCCGAAGAAUUACCUCCCGUACCGGAAAAAGCAUCGGAAAUAAAAGAUUUAACAGAAGAUGAAUUGGAAGCUAAAAAAAUUUUUGAUUCGGCUACAGGGAUUUUGAAUAAGACGAAACCGGACAGGGAGAAAGCUUAUCAGCUGUUGAUGGACGCUUCUAAUAAGGGGAACGCCGACGCUAAAGCCAUGGUAGCAUGGGCUAAAUUAUUUGGAAACCCUUUGAAACAGGAUAUUUACAUAGCAAAGGAGAUGUUUACGGAAUUGGCGGACAUCGGUAACCCGGACGGACAUACAGGUUUAGGGUUUUUGUACGCUACUGGCUUGGCAGUUAACGUUAGCCAAGCCAAAGCUUUGAUACAUUACACUUUUGGAGCUAUUGGGGGAAAUUCUUGGGCACAAAUGGCUUUGGGCUAUCGAUAUUGGGCUGGAAUUGCAGUAACUCCCAGUUGUGAGAUGGCUUUGGAUUAUUACCGACAAGUGGCAGAUAAAGUAAGUCAAGGUGUAUCUUUCGGGGGCGGCGCGGCAAUACAAAGGAUACGUUUGUAUGACGAAUUAGAGAACGGAUACACAUCCGGUAUCCUCGACAACGAUCUCAUCGAAUAUUAUCAACUUUUAGCGGAAAAGGGGGACGUCCAAGCGCAGGUCGGUUUGGGGCAGCUCCAUUACCAAGGGGGCAGAGGAGUCGAUUUGGAUUACCAGAAAGCGUUGCAUUACUUCACGGACGCAGCUAACGCCGGUAGCGCUUUAGCUAUGGCGUAUUUGGGAAAGAUCUAUUUGGACGGUAGUGACGAAAUACCGGCUAAUAACGACACGGCUUUCAAAUAUUUUAAGAAGUCUUCUGAUUUGAACAACCCCGUGGGUUUGAGUGGACUGGGCUUGAUGUAUUUGUAUGGUAAGGGCGUGGAAAAGGAUUACGCCAAGGCGCAUCAGUAUUUUUUGCAGGCUGCCGAACAGGGUUGGGUGGAUGGGCAGUUGCAAUUGGGGAACAUGUAUUUCAACGGUUUGGGUGUUAAAAAAGACCACAAAGCGGCCAAUAAAUAUUUUUCGUUGGCAUCUCAAUCGGGACACGUUCUAGCCUAUUACAAUUUAGGACAGAUGCACGCUCAAGGAACGGGUUUAUUGAGAUCGUGUGCCACCGCGGUGGAAUUAUUCAAAAACGUCGCCGAGCGAGGCAAAUGGGGCGAAAUAUUGAUGCAGGCGCACACAGACUACCGCAACGGCCGUUACGACGAAUCAUUCGUCCAAUACGCCCUUUUGUCCGAAUUGGGUUACGAAGUAGCCCAAAGCAACGCCGCCUUCCUAUUAGACAGAAACGAAAUUCCGAUGCUGUCGACGCCGGAGGCCCUAGUAAGGGCGCUCCUCUAUUGGGGCAGGGCCGCCGCUCAAGGUUAUUCCGCCGCCCAGGUGAAAUUGGGGGAUUAUUAUUAUUACGGUUUGGGAACGGCGACGGAUUACGAAACGGCGGCGGUACAUUACCGAUUGGCGUCCGAUCAACAGCACAACGCCCAGGCGACAUUCAAUUUGGGUUACAUGCACGAGCAAGGCUUGGGAAUGGUUAAGGAUAUGCAUCUGGCGAAACGUUAUUACGACAGGGCCGCCGAGUUGAGUCCCGACGCUAAGGUCCCGGUGGCGUUGGCGCUUAUCAAAUUGAAUGUUUUGUUUAGUUUCGAAAGUUUACAAGAGUUUUUAUUGCAGAGCCCUUUGCACCACCUGCUCGGCAUCCACGAAACCGUAGGAUCCGAUUGGGAUUUGUAUUUAAUAACGACUUUAAUCACAAUCCUAGCGGGAAUAGUCUAUUUUAGAAGACCACAAGCCAUCGCUUAAUCAACAAACUAUACCAAAACGUUAAUUCGAUUCGUGAUAUUUUUAUUUGUAUUUAUUAUGUAAAUAUUAGACUUUAUAAGGUUU